AGGAUCGGGGGCCGGACAGCGAGCAGCGCCGGAUCCCGAUGGAGCCUCGCGUUCCCCCAGCCCCUUUUAUUUGAGUCUGUUUUGGGUCCUCCCCGGCCAGGCGGGGAGAAAACCGCCCGCCCCCCCGCGGGGCCACCAGGGGAACAUCUGGGCGGCCUCGCCGCCAACAUCUGGGGGCGGUCGCGGCGCAUCCCCCGGCCGGCGGCUGCAGCUGGAGGGUCCCGCGGCCGCGGGGCUCGGCCGGACCGGCAGCGAAAGCCCUUGGAGGGGGCGAGGGGCUGCGGGGAAGGAGGAGGAAGAGGCUGCGAGGGAGCCGGGCGGUGGAGCUUGUCUGUCAGGAAGCAGAGAACAUGUAGAUGAGCACACUUGGAACUACAAGAAGGAGACAGAGAUUACACCCUACAAAACUGUUUUUGGUGUCACACAGCAGAAAACCAUGGGCAAUUUCAAAGGGCAUGCCCUACCUGGAAGCUUUUUCCUUCUCUUUGGCUUGUGGUGGUCAGUGAAGUAUCCACUUAAGUACGCCUGUCGAAAAAACAAGAACGCUUGCUACCUUGGUUCCAGGGCAGGAUUUCAGCGCCUGGAGUUUAUUGAGGGGAUCAUCAAAGCUGUCUUUGCCUUGAUUGGAAUGGUGGCCGAGCAGUUUGUUCCCGAUGGACCUCAUCUGAAGCUGUAUAAUUAUGAGGAAAAGCACUGGGAUCACCUGAUGAACUGGCAACACGCCACCAUGUACCUCUUCUAUGGCAUUUCAGGAUUGGUUGACAUCGUGGCCCAUGGGACCAACGCGUUGCCAGUAGCCAUGGACAGGAUGAUGCUUUCCUUAGCAGUGUUCAUUGAAGGUUUUCUCUUUUGCUACCAUCUUCACGGAAGAGCCAUGCUGGAUGUUCAUGUUCAUCAGUUGUUGCUAUUUGCUAUCUUUGGAGCUGCUGUUUGCAUAUUUCUGGAAGUUUUCUUCCGUGGCAGUGUUGUGCUAGAGAUGUUUCGUACAAGCCUCUGCAUAUUACAAGGCAGCUGGUUCUGGCAGAUUGGCUUCGUGCUUUAUCCUCCAAAUGGUAGCCCAGAGUGGAAUCAGACUGAUCAUACUAACAUGAUGUUCCUGACCAUGUGCUAUUGCUGGCAUUAUGCCUUUGCUUUUCUUAUACUUGCAGUGAAUUACACGAUUGUCAGCUGGGCAGUUCGUUCAAAGGUUAAACAGUCCCAGUCCAUGGAAAUGGGAUUACUGAAAACAUCUGAACGAGAUCAGGAGUCAGAAGAUGAAAUUUAGUAUGAAUAUGGCUUGACUAGUUUUCCUGCUCUACCAUUAGGCUAAUUGAUACCUCAUUUCUAGAUCUGUUCACCAUCUUAUUCAUACUUUACUGCAACUUGCUAUGCAAAUAUCGUUGCCCAAGUACUGUCUACAUCUACGAAGUUACAUCUUUAUUUGCAGAGGGUAAGACUUGUAUUGAUUGGCAGUGGUGUAACUACUACCUUGCUUAUCACAUGCUUCAAAGAAAACCAGACUAAUAUUAGACAUACUUGGACUGGAUGAAGUGGCAUGAUGAUGUCUGCGUGUUUGCCUCAUUAAAAGUUAAGCAAAAUGUUUUCCAGCUGCUGCUGAAUGGACUGUUAAGUUUCCAUAAUUAAGGUGUCCAGAUAAAUGUGUUUGUUGACCUGCAAGUAACUUUGCAUACAUAACUGUGCAGACCUGGAAAACAGGAGAACAAGAUAAAAAAUCAAAGUCUUGCACCUGUCUUGUACAGCA